AUGAACCACCUAGGAGUGGAAACGGAUAAUAUGAUAGAUAUGGGAAAUCAGCGAGUACAGAGAGAAAAAGGCGAGUUCUUCAUAAACCUCUAUUAUUUCCUUUCUCAUAUUUUAGAACAUUCUUCAGAAUCGGGGAAACGAAAUGACUAUCUUUCCUGGGAGGACUAUUUCAUGGCUGUUGCAAAGCUUGCAUCGAUGCGAAGUAAGGAUCCAACCACCCAGGUACUUUAUGUACUAAUACGCAAUGGAUUGUAUCAUAAGUUCUACUAUUACCUAGUCGGUUGCACCAUUGUGAACCAGGAAAACAAAAUAAUAGGAACUGGCUACAAUGGUUUUCCUGUGGGGAUAAGUGACGACGAUCUCCCCUGGACAAAGGGUAAUCAGGAUCCAUUGGAGAACAAGCAGACGUACGUAGUGCAUGCUGAGAUGAACGCCAUUAUCAAUAAAAGCAUGAACAGCAUCGAAGGGUGUACUCUGUACACGACUCUUCUACCAUGCAAUGAAUGCGCGAAGAUGAUCAUACAGUCACGUUUGGCCGAGGUGGUGUUCCUUCAUGAUCGCCAAGGGCCAUGGAAAUAUGACGCUACUAGGAAAAUGUUUGAUCUUGCCGGAGUAAAAUACCGCCAGUUCGUGACGAAGCUCGAAUCUGUGACCAUUACAUUUUCAUAG